AUUGGUCAUUAGCUGCGAUUUUUACCAUAGAGAUGGUAUCUAUGCCAACUAUUGAUCCAACAAGUCUUAACAGUCACUUGGACAAGUUGGAGAUGUUUGGGGGCAGCUUGGACCCCCCGAAACAUGCGAAACGGUCAAGACCCAACCCCAUGACCUACGACAUACAACUGCCAUGCAUAACACCAGGAGUUUACGGACAUCGAGGUCGUCAACCGAAUACCGACCACCACGUCCGCUUGUUACACUACCGGCAGCAUCUCCGUGAUGCCGACAGUGAAUUUCUAGCUUCCGAAGCCAAACGACUGCUCAAAGAGACUGUGACAGCCAAAUACGACAAACAUGCCGAAAAAAAGGUCUUCCAAAGACAUAUCCAGGAACGAUUCAAGGAGAAAGUUAAAGCUUACGAAGAGACAAUCGAGAAGAGACGUCUAAAGUUGAAGGAACUGUUGUGCCGUGAAGAACAAGAAUUUAUAAUUGAAACUAUUGACAAAGCCCAGAAAGGCGUUGAUUCCAAAAUGGAAGAGAUGAAAAAUAAAGCACAGUUGUUGAAAGCGCAGCGUGAAGCUGAACGACUUGAAAUUGUAAACCAGAAACGGAUCCAGCAAUACAUUGACGGUUGCGUCGAGUUGCGCCCAGUCGUCUACCAACGAAACCUCAUAGACAGCAAAAACGCCCAAUUGCAACAAAUGAAGGAAAAUCAGAUGCGAAAAGAGUCGGAACGCGAGCUUGAAGUCAUGUGGCACAACCUCAUGAAGAAAGAACAAGAAGCUAAGAUGGAGAAAGAAGUGCAAGAUUUGCUUAAACAAAACCGGGCGAUGCAAGAGACCAUGCAAACGUGGGAGAAGCAAAUCCACGGCAAGGAACUCCUGAAGCAAGAGGCGGAAAAAGUGGCCGCCGAAGACCGCAUCGAGAUGAUUAAACUCCAAGAGCAGAUUCGGCGCGAAGAGAUUGAAGAAUUGGACGCCAAGCGGCGAAAGCGCGACCAAGUGGCCAAAGAACUGAGGGAGCAAAUCGAAGUCCAGGAGCGGUUUAUCGCGCAACGGAAGAAAGAGGAGGAAGCUUUGAACAAUGCAAUGAGUCGCUUGGCCGAAGUGGAGUUGGAGAAGGAGAGGCAGAAAAUUAAGGACACAACCAGUUUGGCGAAACGUGAAACUGCGAUCUACCGCAACCAUUUGAAGGAGUUGGAGGUGGAGAGGAAGAGGGAGGAGGAGCAGUUGGAUAAGCUGUUGGAAGAGCACCGCAAAAUGAUUGAGAAGAAGCAGGAGGAGGCUUUUUGCAAGUUGAAGAAAGCGCGUCAAGAGUUGCAAAAGAACGUUUUGGCAGAAAGGGCCCAACAGUUGGAGUACAAGCGACAGGAGGCUGAGAAUCAACUCAGGCUGAAAGAGGCUGAGAAUGAGCUGUUGAGGAUGGCUUGGGAGAGCAACGAGCGGCUUCAGGCGGAACAUGACCGCCUACAGGCCCUUCAGGUCAAGCAAUAUCGCGAGGAUUUGCGGCAACAGAUUGAAUAUAACAACGAGCAAAGGAAACUUGAGAAAAAAAAACUGGAACGGGAGCUAGCUGAGGGACUUGCUGAGGAAGAGCGCCGCCGCCAACACGUCCUGGAGCUGAUUGAUGCCAGACUACACGACCCCGCUUUCCAGCAUCCGUUCCGAAGAGUUUUAGAACGUCCGAGCUGUCCUUGCCCCAACCCAACCACCUGAAAUGACUUGUACAACAAAAGAGACAUUACAGAAUUAUUUGAAA